AUGAAUGAAACAAUGAGACUAACGAUGAACGAGAUGGUGCGAGAUUUUCUCAAGGGCAACAUAUCUGAUCCAUCCAAAUGUGGUAGAACAGCCAAAAAAAACCUCAUACUCUUUUCUCACAUAAUCGCCGAUGCUUUUAAUUUUUCAAAUAAAAUACGAAUUACGAAGUUGAAGCAUAUGGAAACGAACGAGUGGUUACUGUUCUGUUUUAUGAUGGAUUCAACAUUAAUUAAGGGGAGAGACAAGCAAAUUUCUUCGGUUAUCGAAAAUUAUAGUAAUUUCAAACCGCAACAAAAAAAGGAUGUUGAAGGAAAAAGUUUUUCUCGGAAAUAA